AUGAUGUCUGUAGGCAAAUCCUCAAAAAAGAGGCCUCGUACAAGUUUAUCAAGCAGCAAAACUAAAAAAAAUGAACCUAACUCUAUUAUUUCAUUUUUUAACAAUGCACCCCCUGCUAAACUUGCCUGCCCUAUUUGUAGUAAGAUGGUGCCAAGAUAUGACCUGAACCGGCACCUUGAUGAAAUGUGUGCUGACCACGACAACAUGACUCCAGGUGGUCCUGGGCAUGUCAGCUUAAGUUCAAACGUGCCCACCAUAGAUUUGACCAAUAUUGCCUUAGAAGAUAUAACUCCAGAGAAGUCGUCACCAUCAACGAUAGAUUUAACCCCUGGCCAAAAUGAUUCAGAAAAAAUGGGCAAAAAACAGCAGACCAGCCCCUACUUUAAAAGUAAAGGUGACUCGGUGUGCAGAAAUCAAGAAGAGCUGAGACAUCAUAAUGUAAAAGUCAUUUCUCUGGGAAGCCUGUCCUCUAAAUUGUCCAGAAGAUACAUAAAGGCUAAAAGAUCCCUGAAUCAGAAUGAGGGGUUCACUAAUCAGAGUCUGCAGAGGUCCUCAUGCACAAGGGUUAAGAGCCUGGUUGAUCAGCAUUUGGAGGUGGAGGGCCAGGAUCCACUUCUGGAGAACAGCUCUCAAAAGGAGAACAUGUUUACUGGUGAUUCUCAGGAGGAGCUGAGCACCCCAGCACAUACAGUGGAAGGCACUAAGGUGGAGGAAGCUGAAGGCCAGACAGCUGCCCAGGAAUGUGAGCAAUCAACCCUAACGCCUGCCUGCACAGGUGAUGUGCCUGUGUUUUCAUCAGAUUUAAUUCUCGGGCAUAGAAAGUCUGCUUCUAAGGACCAUCUUGCAAAGCAGGAGAGUGUCAAAGGAGUAGAUGGUGAAGUUACUGAAAAAUGUGAGACAGGUCAUUGUGAAGAGGUGAAAAUGACUAUUGUUUCAGAAGUGACAAAUCAAGGCUCACAUCAGGAGGCAAAACCUCCGAGUUCCACAGUUGGUGCUUCUAUACAGACCAACAGCCAAACGCUUCCUCCAGAAUCUGACAGUAGCUUAGAGGAUAAAAUCACUCAUCAGAUGCCUUUGGAGAAGAGGUCAAGCUGUGAUGUGUCCUGGGUCACAAGUCCAGAACUGCCAGACCAUCCUUACUACCUUCGGAGUUUCCUGGUGGUGCUGAAAGCCGUGUUUGAGAAUGAAGAAGACAGGAUGCUCUUUGAUGAACAUGAGAAGGGCAUUGUAACUAAGUUUCAUCAGUUAUCAGCCAAUGGUCAGAAGUUAUACAUAAGACUUUUUCAACGUAAAUUCGGCUGGAUUAAGGUGAACAAGCUGGCCUAUGAAGAGAUCUCUGCUGACUUAACCCCUGUGGUUGGAGAGCUGACACAUGCAGGCUUCCUGCAGACAGAAUCUGAGUUGCAGGAGCUCCCUGAGGUGCUGGAGCUCCUUUCUGCUCCGGAACUGAAAGCCCUGGCAAAGACCUUCCACCUGGCGAGUGCCCAUGGACAGAAGCAGCAGCUGGUGGACGCGUUCCUCAGAUUGGCCAAGCAGCCUUCAGUCUGUACUUGGGGCCGGAACCAGCCUGGCAUUGGCGCAGUGAUCCUGAAAAGAGCUAAAGAUGUGGCGGGACGUUCCCUGAGAGUCUCUCGAGGCCCUCGGGCAGUAUUUUCCCGGGCCCUGCUGCUCUUCUCCUUGAGCGACAUGAUGGAAGAUGAGGAGGCCGCCUGUGGGGGCCAGGGUCAGCUCUCCACUGUGCUGCUGGUCAACCUGGGCCGCUUGGAGUUCCCCAGGUACACCAUCAAUCGGAAGACCCCGAUCUUCCAGGACAGGGAUGAUCUCAUUAGGUACGCGGUGGCCGCACAUAUGCUGAAUGACAUCUCCACGGCAAUGGCCAGCGGGGCCUGGGAGGAGGCUAGGGAGCUCGCUCGGUGUGCAAAGCAGAACUGGGAUGGACUGAAAGACCACCCGUCCCUGAGGUACCACGAGAAUUUACCGCUCUUCCUCCGGUGUUUUACCGUUGGGUGGGUUUACACGAGGAUUUUGUCCCGAAACGUUGAAAUACUGCAGAGACUUCACCUGUACAAGGAAGCUGUGGAGGAGCUUGAAAACCUCUUGUCCCAGGACGUGUACUGUCCCGACAGUAGGGGCCGGUGGUGGGACCGGUUGGCCCUUAACUUACACCAGCACCUGAAGCGCCUGGAGCCGGCUGUCCAGUGCAUCGCUGCAGGCCUGGCCGAUCCUCACGUCCGGACAGGCCACCGCCUGGCACUGUACCAAAGGGCCGCGCGCCUGCGGGCCUCUCCCAGCGGCCAGAAGUACAUGCAUGUCCUCCGCCAGCUCCCAGAGGUCACCGUGGAGGACGUCAGACACGUGACUGUCACAGGCCGGCUGUGCCCGCAGCAUGGAUCGGGGAAGUCUGUCUUCGUGCUGGAGGCUGAGGGGGCCACCCCCACCACUCUCCUAUGCUCUGUGGAGGAGCUGGCGCUGGCCCAUUAUAAACACUGCGGCUUUGACCAGGGGAUCCAUGGGGAGGGGUCCACCUUCAGCACCCUGUUUGGCCUCCUGCUGUGGGACAUCAUCUUCAUGGACGGGGUGCCAGAUGCCUUCAGAAAUGCCUAUCAGGCGGCCCCACUGGACCUCUGCACAGACAGUUUCUUUGAGAGCAGGGCACCAGCCAUGGAAGCCCGGCUGCAGCAGAUCCACAGUGCCCCUGAGGAGAGCCUGCGGGCCUGGGUGGCAGCUGCCUGGCAGGCCCAGGAAGGCAGGGUGUCCUCCCUGGUCAGCUGGGAUCGCUUCUCUUCUCUGCAGCAAGCCCAGGAUCUUGUGUCCUGCCUAGGGGGCUCCAUCCUCAGUGGCGUGUGCCGGCGACUGGCUGUGGACUUCCGGCACUGCCGAGGGGGCCUCCCCGACCUGGUUGUGUGGAGCUCCCAGAGUCAUCACGUCAAGCUGGUGGAAGUGAAGGGACCCCAUGACCGGCUGUCGCAGAAGCAGAUGAUCUGGCUGGACGAGCUGCGCCGGCUGGGGGCGGAUGUGGAGGUUUGCCAUGUGGCUGCAGUCGGGGCCAGGAGCAGGGGUCCCAACUGA